CCUCCUAAUCAGGGAGGGAGCUCAGGGACUGUCAGUGUCAGCUGAGCAAACAAGGAAGUUAAAUCGCAGGGACUGCAGUUGCAGGGACGCAGAGACCAAUGAGGUUUUAAGAUGUUGCUGGUGGUAAAUUAAUACAGGUGAGACAAAAUAAGGAUGGCGGAAACUGAAAACAAUUUAAAGAAAGAACUAGUCACCCAGUUCCAUGAGACUGCUGCGAAAGGAGAUGCAGCAAAACUGUCUACAAUGCUAACUUACUCUACGUCCCUUGUCGAUGAGGUGGAUGAGAGGGGCUGGUCCGCUUUGAUGCAUGCCAGUAGAAAUGGACAUUUGGAGGUAGCCCAUCUGCUUCUUGACAAGGGCUGCAAUCAAUCUCUUUCAAAUAAAUCAGGACAAACAGCACUGGACAUUGCUAAAUUCUGGGGAUAUAACAGUAUUGCUGAUUUGUUGGCAAACACUAAAGUUGCUGCUGGCGCUGGAAUGUGGCCUGAUGGCCCAGAAGAGAAUGAAAAUUAUUUCAGCAGAACAUUGCUUAAUAAACUAAGCGAAAAAAGAAGUGAUUCUACUUGGUUAAAGAACAAACAGAUUGACCAAGCUAGUGUCUACAUCUUAUUUUCCAAUUUAAAUCCAUUGGUUAUUUCGCUAAAAUAUGAAGAGUCCAGGAAGCCUACGCUUCAUCUCUGUAAGCUGCAUUACAAAGAUGUAGAGCAUCUCUUGGCUAAACCAGAAGUCACUUGUGUUUUCCUUGGAGCAGAAUUGCAGAACAGCAGUGGUGGAUCACAAAUUAAAUCUUCAGUAAGCAAAGACUCAGCGGAGAAUGAUGAACUUCUUGCCUGGUUUGCAUUGAAUACAAACUCUGAUGCUACAGAUAACUUUAGGAUUAUAUACCCAGAUUGUUGCUUCAUCCAGCCACUUAUGCCGCAUAUACUGAAUUUAAAUCAGGAGGAGGCUGGUGUGGUUGCACAGGCCAGGUCUGUCCUUGCCUGGCACAGUCGAUACCAGUUCUGUCCUACCUGUGGAAAUGACACAAAAGUUUCCGACGGAGGUUACAAGAGGGAGUGCUUAAAGGAAAACUGCCCAAGUCUACAAGGAAUUCAUAACACCUGUUACCCCCGUGUAGAUCCAGUGGUAAUAAUGUUGGUCAUUCAUCCUGAUGGUAAUAAUUGCCUUCUGGGGAGACAGAGACGACACCCUCCAGGAAUGUUUUCCUGUCUGGCAGGAUUUAUGGAACCAGGAGAGACAAUCGAGAAUGCUGUUCGAAGAGAAGUGGCAGAAGAGACUGCAGUCAAGGUUGGGCGUGUUCAGUAUGUUUCCAGUCAGCCCUGGCCAAUGCCUUCAUCCCUUAUGAUUGGUUGCCAAGCUAAUGCAAUCUCAACAGAAAUUACUGUGGACAAGGAGGAAAUUGUAGACGCCCGAUGGUUCAGUCGGCAACAGAUUACUGAAAUUCUGAAUAAACAGGGUCAUCCAAUGAGCAUUCCUCCCCAGCAAACUAUUGCAAACAGGCUAAUUAGACAGUGGCUUAAGAAGAAUUCUAAUCUCUGAA